AUGCAAAGCCCUUCAAUUGUAAAUAACCAUCUCUUACAAACCGUUUCAUUCUUCCAUAGGCCAGAAACGUCUGAAACAACUGAAACGCCUUGCCUUUACAAGCCUCCUGGUGGUUCUUCUGACCUAUCUUCUUGUUCCUCAAUGAUAGCCCCUACCCAUUUUUACAGGCUAAACGAUCUACUCGCUUGCUCUGAAUUUCCGAGUGUUUUUUCGCUCAAUGGCUUUGAUAAGAAUCGUGAAAAUAAACCUGAAACCAUAAUCGAAAGUAAUUGUAUCGAAACGCCUCCAGUUCUUGAUGGGAUAGCCGCUGUGGUUGGCCAACACGUUCUCUUUGGUAACAACAAAGCCAACCCCACCGCAAACAGCCACAGCAACAAUGUAAUUUCCUCCAAUGCUGACGCUAGUAAACUCGAAACGUCGGGCUUCGUUUCGGUGUCACAACGUUUCGGGUCUAACAAGAGAAACCUGAUGAUCACUCCUGCUGUUUCUGUGCAGAAAAGCUACAGAGGUGUAAGAAAGAGGCCAUGGGGGAGGUGGUCAGCAGAGAUACGCGACCGUAUUGGGAGGUGCCGGCACUGGCUAGGCACAUUCGACACGGCUGAGGAGGCUGCCCGUGCGUAUGAUGCGGCGGCGAGGUGGCUGAGAGGGUCAAAAGCCAAGACCAACUUUGAAAUUCCAUCGGUUUUAAGUCUGUCAUCACUCUCUGCUUCGUCCUCAUCUACAGAUGCAAAGAAGAAGGUGAAAGGUAAAGCUAAAAGCGAGAGGAAAUGCGCGGUGGUUACCUCCGUGGCUCAUUUGUUCAGUUCUAAUAGUAGCUUUGGUAGAAACGAAGGGAAAGUAAAUGUGGAACUGGAGUUGAAGUUGCGUGUGGGACUUAAUAGCAAGGGUACUACAUCAAAUAUUACUGGUUUAGUCAAACAGUCAAUUCCUUCCUAUCAGUAGCUUCUUUUUACUUCCCUUCUUAAACGUCCUUUUUCGAGGCUUCUAGUAACUAAAUGUAAUCAUGGUGGGAAGAUACCUCUUUGUUUUUGCAUGAGAGUGUGCAUUAAAGCAAAGGAGAUGGCUUUUAU